AUGAAUACCAGGAGCGAGCCGCUUUGCUCUCUAACGGGCCGUUCUGAUGUCUACGGAGUCGGUAUUCGAGCCGCCUUUUACGCACAAUGGCUUGGCUCUCUUCUCAUAGAAUACCUCUCUGAGGAGAACCUCGCAGAUUUACGGUUUAUCAGUAUAUUUUCUUCAGCAGCCGCGUCUACAUCUCUCGCCAUUGGAGUAGCUUACAACUCCCUUCAGCCACUCGACAUAUACUUCUUGCUUCUUCUAGCCAUGGGAUUCUUUCUAUUUCAGAUUCCAUUAUACAUCUGGCGUAUUCUCACGAGGUGUCAAGCCCACCUUGACCCGUUCCAACUCUCAAAGGAGAGCCAUGGACAUUUCUACCAUCUCAUGAGUCUUACGGUACUCUCAGCUAACGUGUCAAUUGGAACAUGGUACUUCACAUCCUUUCUACCGCACCUCGACCGUGAUUGCCGUGACGUGAUAUUUAUACUUGGCAAGGUCGGUCUGGAAAGUCAGGGAUAUAUCAUAGCUGGCUCGAUAUUCUUCAUUGGGAUUCUUGUCGGCAUUGGUGGGUUUAUCUUUUUGAACGCUUGUUGCACUGUCACCAAGUCGAGUUCGCGACAUAGGAGAGCGAGGUCGAGAAAUAUUUGGCGACUCAGAAUACUCCGCGCAAUAUCUGGCUUCAUAAUCUUUACACUUUUGGUUCUCUCGACCGAACUUCCUAUACAGUGGAACCACAUCCAAGGCGUUUACGAAUUGACUACCGUCGCACAGUUACUGCCCCUUAUGCUCACCAUUGGAACAUUUCUACGAUCCUGGGCUAUUUAUGCCAGCGGAGCUAACGAUACGUCGGGAGGACGAAGGCGUCGCAGACCUCCUUCAACUUCCACUUCGUCGACAUCAAAUUCUACAUCGACAUCAACCACAUCAAGUGGCAAUUCGUCCCAAGUCAUAGGUUAUUAUUAUACGUACCCUGCUUACCACAAUGAUGAGGAAGAUCCCCAGUACGACUACGAUGACUAUUAUAACGAUUACAAUGAUUAUUACAAUAACUACUAUAACUAUUCAAAUAUAACAGAGAAUGAUCAAGCCCAGAUUCAGUGGCCUCAAGGAGUUCAUUUCUCACGUUGGUAA